UAAACAAAAUUUAUUCUUAUAAUGAAAGAUACUACAACUAGACGUAUAUUUGAGAAAGAAAACUAAGCAGAAGUUUCAAAUAAUAUUGAAAAAAGAAAAAACCAAAAAUCUUUCACACAUUUAGUUUCAUUGACUUUAUUGAAUCGCCAAACAAGUAUUUAAUGUUUAAUAAUAAGAUAUUGAAUUUAAGAGUAUUGAUAUUAAUUAAUAAUAUCCUCAACAAAACUUUCUAACUUAAAGAAAUCCAAAUGUAUCAAGUUUACAUUAUAGACCAGAGCAAAAAUAAAAAACAACAGUUUGUACAACUACAAUUUAGAUAGUAUUAUGCUUAAGAUAUAUGUUUAGUACUCUCCUCUUAAAAUAAGACAGACAACUUAAAUAAGUUAAAACAAUGAAGAUAAUAUAAAGUCUAAGCAAAAUAGAUUUCUUUAUAAUUAUGGUGAUUCUAUAUUGACAAAUUAUUAAAUAUAUGAUACACUUUAAAAAUAAGAAUUUUUGAAGAAACAUACUAUCAAUAGUUCUUUAAGAGCGAAGAUGGUAGAUUGGAUGAUUGAAGUUUUAACUUCAUAUAAAUGCAAAGAUCAGACAUUUUUUAUGGCUGUCAGAUUGAUGGACACUUAUUUAAAUUAAUCAACAAAAUCUCAUGUUCCUUAGGAUUUACAUUUAAUAGGAGUAACAUGCAUGUUUAUGGCAUGUAAAUUUGAGGAAGUAUUUCCAGUGAAAUUAUAAACUGUUCAUGAAAAAAUUGCACAUAAAAAAUUAACAAAAGAAGAAAUUAAAGAAAAAGAGAGUUAAAUUGCACAUGCUUUAGAUUUUAAAUUAAUUGGAGUUACUCUAUAUGAAAUAAUUACAAUUACUUUACAAUUCAUUAAUUAAUUUUAAAAAUUGCAUUAAAUAGUUGUGUAUCUAGCUAAAAUGAUUGUAUAUGACUAUACACUUAUAAGCUAAUUUAAUUAUUCAUUAUUAUCAGCUGCUUGUAUAUUUAUUGGAUCCAAUAUCUCCUGUUAAGAGUAAAGUGAUGAAAUUGUAAUAUUUUAAUAUAACAAUAGAUUGCUUAAGUCUUAUAAAUAUUGAAUGUAGACAAAGAUGCCACAUUAGAUUUGUCUAAUAAAAUAUUAAAUUUAGCUAAAAACUUUGACAAACAAUAUUAGAAUAUGGAGAAUUUAAAAAAGUUUAAUAAAAAUUCAAUUUUAGAUAUCAUUAAGUUACAGAAGUGA